GUUGGCGAAUUGUUUCUGCUUUUUGUCCCAUACUGUAGGUGAACUUUAGCAAAAUACAUGAAAUAGUGGCGUCUUUUUGUAUGAUUUCUUUGUGUGAAGUCGACUUGCUUGGUUUCCAACGUUUUUGGUGCCUCGCAGCAUUAGUCUAAUUAACCAAACGACACAGCCGCAUAUCGGAAGCCCCGUAAACUGGAUUAAUCUCCCAUCAACAUUGGUUACCUAUCUGAUUGAGGAACAGGAAUCUUUAUGUUGCUAUUUUUGUUCAAGAUUUUCCUCUCAUUUUUCUCCUUACCCGAAUCUUCAUUGAUACAUUUUGACUUUUCUGUAGUCUAUGUCCAUCGACGCCACCUAUGAAGAAUCUUGGUAGCUCCUAAGAUGCUGAUCAAUGUCAAUAUCCUCUCUAAUUAUAUAUUGCUUCCACGAGCAACUGUGAGGAUGAAAGGGUUAACCUGAUACAACGGGCUCAGUGGCUGAGAGCUGCCAUUCUUGGAGCGAACGAUGGGUUGGUUUCCACUACAUCCCUGAUGCUUGGGGUCGGGGCUGCUAAAGAGGAUCAGUGGCUCAUGAUUGUCUCCGGCCUAGCCGGAGCUCUUGCCGGUGCCUGCAGCAUGGCUGCUGGAGAAUUUGUCUCCGUCUCUGCUCAGAGAGACAUCGAACAGACAACCAUCGACAAAUGCAAUCCGAGAUCUCAGAUUUCCAACAAGCAGCCUCAAGGAGCCACACUGGCUGACAGUGACUCUGCCAUCAACGGUUAUGUUGAGUCAUCACAGCCCAAAUUCGAGCAGAUUUUCUCUCCACAUCAGUCGCCUUUCAUGAAAGUCAUAGCACAAGAUAGACAGGGCUCGAGGCCGGAUAAUAACAUGGAAGCAACGCUGCCGAAUCCAUACAAAGCUGCAGGAGCAUCUGGGCUAUCGUUUCUAUGUGGAUCGCUCAUUCCCCUACUGUCCGCAAUGGCGUUUUCUGUGAAGAAACUCAGAGUUGUGGGUAUAGUAGUUGUGGCCUCUAUAGCACUGGCCGUAUUCGGGGCAAUGGGAGCCCGUUUCGGUGGUUCACCAGUCAGGGUAUCUGUCGUUCGAGUUCUGGUUGGAGGGUGGUUUGCAAUGGCUGUAACAUAUGGCUUGCUCAAGCCUUUUGAUAGGGAUCACAAGGGUCUUGAGGCUCAUUAGAUUGUGAAAAAAUGCAGUGUUCAUGAAAGUUUGAGAGUGAUUCAUUUCAUCGUCCAUGCAAUUAUAUAUACACGUUUCCACUAUUUCUACACAAACCUAU